AUGUUUGCUCUGUUUGUUCUGGGGAUGUUUUUUCUGUUCUGCCCAUAUUGGGGUAACCUUCAGGACCAUGAAGGAGAUGUUGGAAUAAUGUGUUAUAAAUGUGAGAAAUAUCAUCUUGGGCUUUGCUAUGAUGUCAUGAGUUCCUGCAAACUGAAGCAUAGCCAGUCCUGUGCUUCUGAGAACGUUUACAUACUCACAAGGAAAGGGCAAAGCAUGUAUCAUUAUUCAAGACUGUCAUGUAUGACCAACUGUGAGGACAUCAACUUCCUGAGUUUUGAAAAGAGAACAGAGCUCCUCUGUUGCAAACAUAGUAGCUAUUGCAACCUCCCAAUGGGACUCUAG